CAUUCACCAUGGUCAAUCGCAAUUUCCUUCUCAGUGCUCUCGCUGCUGCCAUAACCGGUGUCGUUGCCCAAGGCUCUGGAUCUGAGAACGUCCGCUUCGGCCAUGCAUUUUCCCUGGGCGCCACACGCUCCUACAUCAUCGAGGCAGAGACCACUCUGUAUCCUGGCAAGACUCAAAGCGGCGACACGCCUCGUCUGGCUCUGUGGCCUGGUAUGGGUACAGACGAGGGUCAGCUCAUUCAAGCCAUCGUUCUAGCCUCUACCGAUGCUCAGGGUGCAGAGUGUGGUGGCAGACCUCAUGUGAACGGGGAAUGGUGUGCAUUUGCCAGUGCGCUGCAGGACGGCGUGCAACUCCAAGGCGACACUUUCCCUGUAAAGUCGAAUCAGGGUGUCAAGAUCCACUGCAAAACAGACAAGUACGACGAAACUUCAGGCAAUACCACCCAGACUGUCAGCGUCGAAGGCAGGGUUGUAUCAACCUUGUCCACCAGAUCCGGCAGAGCCGUUGGCUUUGGAACUGCCGAAGAAGCCCAGAACAAGUUCAAGGGAGUCGUGUAUGAGCAUUCAUAUGUCAACACUACCGUUGUUCUUGCUGCAGCAGACGCCCGAUUCGCCUCUACUUUGGUUAAGACCGGUGCAACUGGUACCCUUGUCACCAAGGACAACAAGACCUACAAGGUCGACAAGAUAACCAUCGCGGAGUACAGCUUCCCUGCUAGUGUA